UAUAUAUACGCCAUGUAAAAGCACGGACUGGAGGGUUACGCACCACGGCAAUGUUCAAUGAAACCGAUGUUAUAACAAACGACAGGUGGUAAAUUGCUGUUUACACAUUAUGGUAAAACAGCCUAGUAAAACGGCGCUAGGCCAAACUAUUCCCCAAACACCCCUCUCUAUAUCUGUAGGUUAGUAUGGUCUGACAGUGAGCACGCCUAUUCCCAGAGGUGGGGACCAAGUGUAUUGCGCCUUGUAAUCACGUGAAUAAUUCGGCAGUGCUGGCUGUGGCUCAGUUGUAGUUACUGAGGAAGGAAGGGAGAGGUGACGGUGUGUGUUGCGUCGGACUCGGGACACAGGGUUUCUUCUGUCGCUACUGCAACGAUGAAGGCUUCGCAGCUCAAUAGGAGACACGAUUUAUUACUUUUGGUUCCAGGGGUCUUCAUACUUUUACUUUCAGCAUAUGCAACUACGGCAUCUGCUGCUUGUGAAGACUUUAAAACUUGUGAGAUCUGUACAAAUAAUGGCACCAACCUGAACUGCUCCUGGGUGUCUUGCAACGCUUCUGCUGACUCAUCAUAUUGUACAAAUGAAACGUUAAACACCAACUGUACAGUGGUCUCCUGUGCAGAACCAAGUCCCGUUCCAAGUUCUACGGCAGCCACCUCUCCUGCCGCCUCCACCUCUUCCAAUCAAACAACACCUGCAUCCACAACCCUUCCUGCGUCGACUGCCGCUAAAAAUGGAACCGAAAGUAAGGACUUAUUGCAGUCUCCUAAUAAUGGAUCAAAAGCAGUUGGUCUCUUGCUAGAGGAUAUCAUUCCAAAUCAGAAACUCCAUCAACCAGUCAACCAGUUACACCUACAUCACCUUCAAAGAAAGGCACCUUUGAUGCGGCUAGUUUCAUCGGAGGCAUAGUGCUUGUCUUGGGAAUACAAGCAGUGAUAUUUUUCCUAUACAAGUUCUGCAAGGCCAAGGACAGGAAUUACCAUACUCUGUAAAAAAACAAAACAAAAAUCUAGCACCCGUUGACUGCGUGUUCACAUUGCUCAAACCAAAAUAUUUUGCCUUGAAGAGAUCUCUUAUUGAAGAAUCAGAACAUCACAUUUUAUUCCCCAUAAAAAUCAGGUCUGCCAGUUGUGUGCCAAUGUACAUGAGCAGAAUGCUGGUGCAGCUUUGGUUUGCUCCGCAAAUGCAUGUGCCUCUACAGCUUCCCAGGGAGAACAUGGAGUUUUAUUCCCUUGUUUCCCAUAUCAUUUUUGUAAAACCAAGAAGAAACUUGCCAUGAGCAGAUCUGAAAUGUGUAAAUGGCAAUUCCAUUUCAGGUUGAACAGCGACGUGAUCUAUCUUGGUUUGUGCGUAUCCAACAGAGGAUCGCUAGCAGCAAUGUUCUGGUACAGCAUCUUAGUUUAUGUUUAGAAUUGUUUUGGUGGCCUUCUUUUCAUUUAGGCACUGUCUAAAUCUAAAAUGGACUGAGCCCUUCGGGUUUGUCCUUUUUUUGAAGUGCACCUUAUUCCUUAAAGAAGGACCGUUGUUAAAGCAUUGUGCCUUAAAGAGCUACUAUAGGGAAAAAAGGCCAACUUUUGCAUAAAUACGCUCUCGGUUAUAAGAGACGGUUGGAGUGUCAAAGCUUGUCUGUCUACAUUAUUGCCUAAUUCAUUCUAAGUGCUGAACCUUAUACUAGGCUUACCUGUUGAAAUGAAUGCCAUGAUUUGUAAUUUUAAUGAUUAUGACAAUAGCUGGGUUUAGCAAUGUUUAUUUUAAUGUUUAUACUCUUCCUUGAGCUUUCACUAUACUGACAUACCCAUUAGUAAAAUAUGCUACAUUUGGAUAUCAUUUUAUCUAUCUAUAUAUGUUUUGUUUGUUUUGCAUUGAAGUGUUGUGCCUCUCACCUUAAGGGUGAUGUCACAAGGGGUGCCAUAUCACUCACCGAAAUCUGCUAUACCUGGGGAAAAAAAGUGCCCCAAAAUAUUUUUGAAUGGGGAUUAAUGUAAAUUGCCACAUACUUAUCGCAUGAAGUAGCCUUCGAAGGCAGUUACUUGGAUUUACCUGAUUGUAUUCACCGUAUCACCUCAUGCAAAUAUAUUUUCAGGCACUUUGUCACUUACAGGAAACCUCUUCCACAUUCUAUAAAGCACCUUGCGUGCCACCAACCUGAAGGGUUUACUCACUAACCUAUUUUAAUACAUACAUCAUUUUAAAGGUACAACUUUAAUACUAUAUGUUUGUUAGCAUGUGAUUAUGAUUAAACGUGCAGAGACAAUUUGACAUGUUAUUGAAUCAAGCCCUGUAUCUUUAAAGCUCUGUGCAGGAUUCCCAAGCAAUUUAGACAAAUGCCCCUUUGCUUCCUGAUUGUUGAGCAGAUUUACAGUACUAAAGGGAAAAAAUAAAUUGCCAAUGAAGAAUAUUUUCAUAGGUACAUACUCUUAAGUGCCUUAGAACACCAGUAAUUAUAAUAAAACUAUAUGCCAUGUGAAAAGAGGUGUCUGUGCAAUUGUGUCAGAUCUUCUAAUCUGUUCUAUAUUUUUUUUAUGCAUCUGGCACGUUGAAAGCAUGGCUACCCAUUAGGUGUUGAUUGACAGCUCCCAGCACCUCAACAGCUUGUUGGGCCCAUGCUUGACUUCAGUAGGUUACAUUUGCUAUUGCACAGAAGUGACUUAUAUGUAUAUGUGUGGUUUUCUAAAUGGCAAAUAUACAACGCACAGUUACUUGCCUUCUGCCACUUCAUUUUUUUUUUUUUUUUAUAAAAAAAAAGGUAAUAAUGUACAUAUCACAGUUUUGGUUUAUGUUUUGGAAGAACUUAAUACACAUACCUCAAAAAUGGGAUUUAGAAGAAAAGUGACUUUCUGCUUUCUUUGCAUUCUCAGAGAAUACAGUAACUCACUGAGGCUUUUCUUAGGUCGGGAGGUAAUAACCUGUAAUGGAGUGUCUGAUUGAGCUUGUGACACCAAAUGACUUUGAUCAAUGAUUCUGUAGCGCCACAAACAGAUACAUAACAUACCUUGGUGGAUAUAAGAUGAACCCUCCGUAUAAGAGUUGCUUUAAUUCACUGGGUCACCUGACAAAGAAAAGGGCAGGAGACUUUAAAAUCGAACAGUCGUUUUACCCAGGAGCUCCAGCUAAGUGUUGGCUCUUUUCCAAAUCCACUUCAGGAUCACUGCAGAUAUUUCAGUGGUUCUGUGUUUGCUAGUAGACGAUAUGAAUACAAGUCUCUGAGGUCGUUUGAAUCAGAAGCAUGUUUUGAUGCGGCUGGUGGAGCUUGUUUAAAGUAUGUUUUACUAUGUAGAAAACUGUACUUCAGCUACUCAGCAGUUUUGUAUGAAGUACUUUUAUUGGUUGUAUUGCUUUGGUACAGAUCACAAUGCAUUUUGGAACAUCUCGCAAUCAUUGAUGUCUUAUAAACGGAGAUUCUGCAAAUAAAGUUGAUUUUGUUUGAAAAA